AUGAAUAACCUCGAUCAGAUCUCUCAAGACCACAACAGCACCACCGCAGACUGCGAUAUCGACGAGUGGGACGAAGAUUGUCUUGUAUACGCCCUCUUCUGCUUCGAAGACAUGCCUUUGGAGAUGAUCGAAGACGUGCUGGAGGGCAGCGCCAAUGAAGAGCACGAAAUUUCUAUUGGCUAG